GAAAAACAGUGUUUAUUAAUCAGAACAGGAAAAUAUGACGCAUUGAAAUGAAUGAUUAUCGAAAAAAAUUGAGCGGCGCUGCAUAUAAAAAGCGAGCGGCCGAAAAAUCACAAAAAGAACAAGAAGCGUUGCAGAAAACUCGUAAACUCGAUUCUUUUUUCAAAGAAAAACAAAUUGAUGAGAAAUGCGUUCAUGACACAAAUGAAGAGUAUUCUGAAAAACGAGGUUCCAAUGAAUUGCGUCGAAAUUCAUUGAAUGACUGUUCAAAAUCGACUGAAAACAAAGGAGAACGAUCGAGUUAUAAUCGGGAAUAUAAUUCAGUAGAACGAGAGUGCGAUAACGUGUGCGAAAGUUUGACAGAAAACAAUUCAGAACCAACUGAGAAAUACCGAGAUAGUAACGAAUCGUUACAAGAUUCAGUAGCAGCAAAUGUCUUUAAGCUAAAGCAAUUAGCUAACACUCAAAACAGAAUCGAUGGCAAUUUAACCUCUCAACUUGAGGGGGAGAUUUCCUAUUGGAAAAGUAUUUUACGUAGAGUUGUUUCAGCUACAAAAACUUUAGCUUCGCGUGGUCUUGCGUUUAGGGGUAGCGAUGAAACAUUAGGCUUACCAGAUAAUGGCAACUUUCUAAUGCUGAUCGAAUUUCUCGCGGAAUUUGAACCUUUUAUGAAGGAUCACAUCAGGAAGUUUGGCAACAAGGGCUCUGGUAGAACUAGUUAUUUAACUAAAGUAACGUAUGAAAAAUUUCUUGCGUUGAUGGCGGAAGCGUUGUCAAAAACUAUAAUUGAAGAAAUUAAAAAAGCGAAAUAUUAUUCAAUAAUAGUAGAUUCAACACCUGAUGUAUCACACGUAGACCAACUUGCCUUCGUAAUUAGAUAUGUCACUGACGAUGGUGAUCCGGUAGAACGUUUUUUGUUAUUCGUUAAGAAUCCCAGGCAUAAGGGGCAUGAAUUGGCAGAUUCAGUUGUUUCUACUUUGGAGGCUUUCGGCCUGAAAGUUAUUGAUUGCAGAGGUCAAUCUUACGAUAACGCCAGCAAUUGUUCAGGCAUGUACAAGGGUUUACAAGCGCGAAUUCGCGAAAUCAAUGGUUUAGCUAUUUAUGCUCCAUGUGGUGCUCACUCUUUGAAUUUGGUAGGAGUUCAUGCAGUGGAAAGUUGUUCAGAAGCAGUUUUAUUUUUUAACGUGCUUCAAAUAUUGUACAAUUUCUUCACAGCGUCUACACAACGAUGGGAAAUUUUAAGGUCCACUGAAAAAACUAAAUCAAUCACACUAGCAUCUUUGUCCACUACUAGAUGGUCUGCUCGUGAUGCCGCAGUUGAGGUUUUGAAUCAAUAUUUUCAGGACAUAGUUGAGAUUUUAAAAACGAUAGAAAAAACUGAUACGGAAAAUGCAAUCACCAAAUAG